AUGUCGCCCGGCGACGCUUCCGUGGAGGGCUUCGUCCUCAUGUCGCUCGGAUUGACCUUUAUUAUCAUCCGGGUAGUAGUGCGCUGGACGUCCGUCGGGCCGUCUAAUUUCCAACUCGAUGACUAUUUGAUGCCGCUGGCCGGGAUUGUCUUCGUUCUCGAAACCGUGGCUGCGCAUUUGGUCCUCGCGAAGUUCAAUGGCCUCACAAACAGUUAUAUGACGCCCGAGCAACGGGCUGCCGUCGAUCCGAACUCGGAGGAAUACUAUAGCCGUGUCUGGGGGUCCAAGAUUCAAGUGAUGGGAUGGUCAUUUUACGCGAUGAUUCUGUGGCUGGUCAAGUUCAGUGUCGCCAUCUUCUACUCACGCCUGACGACUGGGCUGCAGCAUCUGCCCACGCGAGUCCGUAUCGCCUAUGUUCUUUUGGGCGUGACCUAUUUGGCUACAGGUCUGUCCAUUGUCUUGGGUUGUCAACCCAUACAAAAGUACUGGCAGAUUAAUCCGGAUCCUGGAAAUAUAUGCCAGCCGACAAAGUCACUGCUGUAUGUGUUGGUGGUGGUGAUUAUGAACGUGAUCACAGACCUAUACCUCCUCUCUAUUCCAUUGCCGCUCUUGUGGACGGUCAAUAUUGGCCUGCGUCGCAAGAUCACACUGAUGGGCCUCUUUAGUGGUGCAGCCUUCGUGAUCAUGGCUUCCAUUAUUCGUGCUGUAGUUAUCCUGACGGCUGGACCUGAUGGUGCUAUCUCUGGAAGUCGAUGGGCCUGCCGUGAAACCUUUGUGUCCAUCGUCGUAUCCAACCUUCCCAUCAUCCAACCGAUCAUUCGCCGGGCCUGCAACAAGAUGGGUCUGAGCGGUGUCUUCUUCAGUACCUCCGGCCGACCAACGAACUCGAAUACGUACCCACUCUCGAGCCGCGGCCUCCAGACGACGAACAAGGAUAAGAAGAAGAACAACAACCCUCCAUACAUCCCAGAAACCACGGCCUGGGGCAGCGAUGAACAUAUCCUGGCUGUGGAAAGUGGCCAAGCACAAUCCAAAGACAUUACUGUCGUGUCGGAAACGGUUGUCCAGAGCGAGCCCUGGCACGAUCCAGGACCAGCCACGACACCACCGGAUCACUGGGGAUCGCCUCUGGGUCAUCGUUGA